AUGAAGCAGGUGGUCAGUUUUUGGGGGGUUCGAGGAAACAAGAACCUUGAUUCUUGUGGAGCAAUUUCACAAACUUGCCAACAUGGAUUGCAAUUCGGUGCUUUGUGGGAGAGUUGUUCGUAUGAGAAGGGCGAGAAAUUGUAUAAUGUGUUGUUGGAGUAUGCUCUCGGCGACGCUUUGGCUGAUAAGCUUAGGAAUUCCGGUGGUGGGGGGAUGCUGGAAUCUGAAGUCCGGGGAUACACAGAGGCUUUGCUCAAAGGGAUUCACUAUAUUCACAAGUUCGGGUACGUUCACUGUGAUAUCAAGCUUCAAAAUAUUCUUUUAGGCGCGAAUGGCCGCGUGAAAAUCACCCAUUUUGGGCUGGCGAAGCGGGAUGGAGGGAGAAAAGGCGCUGCAACGGGGUGCGAAUUGAGGGGCACCCCUUUGUACAUGUCGCCGGAGAUGGUCGUCGGGGGCGAGCAGGGGCCUCCGACGGAUAUUUGGGCACUUGGGUGCGUCGUGGCGGAGAUGUUGUCUGGAAAUCCAGCGUGGCGGUGCUCAGAUAUCGCCGGAUUGAUGAUGAGAAUCGGAGUGGGUAAAGAAGUGCCAGAGAUCCCCAGAAGUUUAUCGGAGGAAGGGAGAGAUUUUCUUGGUAAAUGUUUCGUGAAGGAUCCAAGCAAGAGAUGGACGGCGGAGAUGCUCUGA